AUGACCGUGGAUCACUCCCCAGCCAGUUCUACCAAAACUCCGCCAAGAGGGUGGUUCAGUGCCUCAGCUUUGUGGGCCCGUCUCCCCGGUUUGUCUCCUCUCGGUCCCCAUGAGGUUCCUGUCGACAUCGAUGUCCACGCGAUCCCGAAGACUUCAAUCGAACGUCGCCAAGCAUCCGUUGCCGCCGCUUCCUCGACCAGGAUAGCCAGCUCCCUGAAAGAGUGCACGAACAAGAGCAGAGACAUUCCGUCAUCCAAGGAGGAGUCCGUACUCUAUUUGGCGUACGGGUCCAAUCUGGCUGCGCAAACAUUUCUCGGCAUGCGCGGCAUCAAGCCAUUAUCACAGAUUUCCGUCCUCGUUCCGGAGCUGCACCUGACAUUCGACAUGCCCGGCAUUCCAUAUAUCGAACCCUGUUUCGCCGCAACGGCGCUUCGCAAUCCCGCGGCCCCUGGCGAUUUCGAAGCCGAAUCCAAAUCCGAAUCCGAUGAAGACAUAACGUUGGUCACAGAGAGCGAACUCCUCGCCGAGAAGACUGGGCUGGUGGAAAGCAUACGCGAGAGCAAUCCGGAUUACACUGGGCGCCAUUGGCACAAACCGCUGGUUGGGGUGGUGUACGAAGUCACGUUGGCCGACUACGCAAAAAUCAUCGCUACAGAGGGCGGAGGCCGCGGGUACCGAGACACGGUGGUUGACUGCUAUCCUUUUGUGGACGGCUUCAAACCCACUGAUCCGGUACCCAACUUUCCAUCUACCGAGGCCUUCAAGGCACACACUCUGCUUUCUCCCAAUACAGAUGAGAAGCGGAAGAAAAUGCGGAUUGAAGGGAAAUCUGAUCCAUCUGCGGUGUCUGUACGUCCUUACAAUCAGUCAGUCUGGACAAUCGAUGUACCGUUACGCCCUGAUCCAGAAUGGGCGCAGCCAUCGGCGCGCUACUUGAAUCUGCUGAGAUCGGGCGCUAAAGAGCAUGAGCUGCCAUUCUCAUAUCAAGAAUAUCUCCUUCAGCUUCAUUCCUUCCACAGCACUACUAGCCGCCAGAAGGUUGGUGCAGUUGUGUUUGGCGGGCUGUGGGGACCCGUUCUCCUUUCCUUAUUGAAGUUGGGCCGGCUUUUUGCAGGGCCCGAUGGACGCAUGCCAGGCUGGCUGGCAGCUGUCCAGAACGGAGUUCAACUCCUGAUGUGGCAUGCCUAUGACUAUUUCUAUAAAUGGUUGUUUGGGGAUGGCGAGCGGACGAUCAAUGAUACCCAGUUUUAG